AGAGAGCAGAGGACGAGCUUCGCUGCCGAAGUCUGCGAUUGAAGGAGCUGAUUGUGAUUGGCCGAUAGGAUUCGCAUUAUUAACCAAUACUAGGGUGGCAUUUAAAAAAGACCAAUUACAAAGGUGUUCGUACGAGAAUGGACGUCACUGGCUCCGCUAUCCAAUAGAAACGCUGAUCGGUGAGGCCAGAGAUUUGCAUAAGGUCCCUAUAAAUACAGGAGUAAUCGCAUUAUCGGGCAUUCUGGUGCUCCAGAGCAACCGGGGAGUUUUCGCUAUGCCCGAGCCGGCCAAGUCCGCCCCCGCGCCCAAGAAGGGCUCCAAGAAGGCGGUGACCAAGACGCAGAAGAAGGGCGACAAGAAGCGCAAGAAGAGCCGCAAGGAGAGCUACUCGAUCUACGUGUACAAGGUGCUGAAGCAGGUGCACCCCGACACGGGCAUCUCGUCCAAAGCCAUGGGCAUCAUGAACUCCUUCGUCAACGACAUCUUCGAGCGCAUCGCCGGCGAGGCCUCGCGCCUGGCGCACUACAACAAGCGCUCCACCAUCACCUCGCGGGAGAUCCAGACGGCCGUGCGGCUCCUGCUGCCCGGCGAGCUGGCCAAGCACGCCGUCUCCGAGGGCACCAAGGCUGUCACCAAGUACACCAGCUCCAAGUAGAGCGCCUCGGGCCGUCAGUUUUAACCCAAAGGCUCUUUUAAGAGCCACCAAUUUUUUCAAGUAGAAGGGCUGAAUUACUGGUUUGUUUUUUUUUUUUUUUCUUGGGAGGUAUGUAAAUAGCCUGUUUAUUUGCAUGUCACUAGAAAGUUGAGUACUUGCCUUUUUAGGUAGCUGAACUGUUACUUAAUUUUGAAGUGGUGAGGGCUCUGUUAGCAGCUUAUACUCAGCGUAUAGUUAUACUUGGUUGUUUAAAACUUCCAAACGAGUACACGUUAUUGCCUCUGGUCUCGAAUGUGGUUAAGCAGCAGCAGCAACUUUUUCCUAGUGUUUUGCCAGCUCUUGUUUUCAGAACUCAGAAGUACUGCGGAGGGAUGGUGGCUCACCUUUUAUUAAGAGUUUUAAUUCCUCUUUAUAAGUCCGGUAGAAAAUCCUAGAUUCUAUUAUGAACUCGCUUUCUGUGUGCUAUACUGGUUAAAUUAAAAAAAAAAUCAUAUUUCUGCCUCUUUCAGUGACUAAUAAAUAUUUUGAAAGCUGUUUCUAAAGCAA